GGCGGAAGCGUCAGAAACAGCGGCACAGACAGUGAGAGAGGCAGCAGUCCUGGGUGCUGGUGAAACGAGUCAGCUGUUGUCACUGGAGGCUGGUGGAGGGACAGCGAGAAGCCUGGCACCGGGGACGCAGCGGCGCUGCUGAUGCUCCAUGCGCGCUGAGUGAGCGAGCGGAGGGAGGAGAGAGGACGGGAAGAGGAGGCACCAGGGGGGGUGAGUUGAGUCAGUGGAUGCGAAACGAUGGUGAGAGUGUGUGUGAGUGUGUUUUUGGAGUGUGUCAGUGAUGAGUUAAACAGAGGGAGCAAUAUUCCCGUUCUCUCCAUCCGCGGGUGAAAAGCUGUUUCCAAACAUUUUACGCGCAGCUGCUGCUCCGACGCACGUUAAGAGAGCGUCCACCCUCCGGACAGAAAGGCUGGGCGUCGCCAGGGGAACCUCAUCCUCUCCGAAGCUUCCAGGAAGCUGCGGAGCACGUAGCUCAGAAGUUGCUUCCCCUGACAGCGAGUCCUCGAACGACUCUCCUGGGACUCGGAGAGCUCGUUUAAUUAAAGGUGGAAAUUCUGCAAGAAAGUCGUGCAAUCACCAAACCCCGAAGAUCUUUAAAAAAUUCGCUUUAUUUAUUAUAGGACUUUUUUCACUGCACGCUGAGUCACCAGGGUGCAAAUACAGCUGUGGAACUGCAGCUGAGGACUGGAGCUCCUGUAAUAUUGUCUUUCUGUUCGAAGAUAGAAGAUUCCCUGCUGCGACGGCUUUCUCUUGGAUUAUCAGGUCACUGGUGAAUGUCAGUGCUCCGUCACUUUCCCUCGCUUGGUCUUUGAUCCAGGGCCAUCUCCCCGCUGCCCCUAUUUCUUUCCCAUUUCAUACGCAGCUGACGUUGAGGUUUAAGUGGUAUUAAGUAUUAACCUUCGGGAAAUCCUCUUUUUUUCCCACUGGAAUAUACUCAAGCCAAACCUUUAACCAGCCCUAUCGGCACAAUGUGGUGAGGAAGAAGAGAGAGAGAGGAACAGAGGGGAUUGAAGGGCAGAUGGCUUCACUGCUCCAAAACACCAACAGCCGUAUGAAUAAAACAUUUGAAUAGAGAGAGUCGUGACUUCUGGGUGAGGAGUGUUAGACACCCUCCUCAUACCCUCUCUCUUUCUUUUUCCCUAUUCCGUCCUCUCUCCUCACUAGCAUUCAUAUCCUUUUCAUCCCUACACACCUCUCCUCCUCCCUCUUUUCUCUUUUCCCCUGUGAACUUAAGAGUUCAGGUGGUCACUCAAACAGACAGAAACAAGCUUGUGCUUCCACUUGUUUCAUCUUCUCUCGCCGAGUUUAGUUCCGCCUCUGUGUGUCCCCUCUCUCACUCGACCCGUCCCUCCUGCAGCACCUCCUCCCCCUCCUCCGGCACGCUGUGUGAUGGUGCGUCCCCUCCUCUUGGCCCUGGAGACAUGCCCGUGCAGGAGAUGGAGGUGAGUCCUGUCAAGUCCCUGUACUGGGAGCAGUUCCCCCCCAUGUCACAGCGCCGUGUCUACUGCGCCCCCGUCUACCAAGAAGGCCUGCUCUACGUGCUGGGGGGCUGCAACGAGACCGGCAUGCCCCUGGACAGCGUCGAAGUCUUGGAUGUAGAAAGCCAGGCAUGGAGCCAGUUGCCCCCGCUGCCCACUGCACGGGCGGGCGCUGCGGCUGUGGCACUGGGGGCCCAGGUGAUGGUGCUCGGGGGCAUGAAUCAGCAGCAGACCCCGCUGGCCUCCGUGGAAAUGUACCACCCUGAUGAGGGCAAGUGGGAGACGAAGACCAGCCUGAGUCAGCCAUCUAUGGGCAUCACCACAGUGGAGAAAGAUGGGAAGGUGUAUGCGUUGGGAGGUAUGGGUGCAGACACCACACCGCAGGCCCUGGUGAGGGUUUAUGAGGCAGAGAAGGACCAAUGGCUGACGAUGGCCUCCAUGCCCACGCCGCGGUACGGAGCCACACCCUUCGUAACAGGAAACAAAAUCUACAUGUUAGGUGGACGUCAGGGAAAGAUGCCAGUGACGGCGUUGGAGGCUUUCGACCUGGAGAUGAAGAGCUGGACACGCUACCCCUGCAUCCCGAGCAGGAGAGCCUUCUCCUGCUGCACCACCAAUGAGCGGAGCCUCUUCAGCCUGGGGGGUCUCCAACAACCGGGGCCCCACAACUUCUACUCCAGACCUCACUUUGUCAGCACCAUGGAGGAGUAUGACCUGGAUCAAGGCAUCUGGAUCAAACCCAGCCGAAUGUCCAGGAUGAGGGAGAAGCGGGCUGACUUUGUGGCAGGUUGCCUGGGAGGAAGGGUCAUCGCAGCUGGUGGUCUAGGUAAUGAGCCUACGCCGUUGGGCACAGUGGAGAGCUACAACCCCGUGAAGCGGCGCUGGGAGUAUGUGGCACCCAUGCCCACUGCACGCUCCUCCUCUGCACUCCUGCAGACAACCAGCAGGCUCUUUGUCAUUGGUGGCGUCGCACAGGGACCCAGUAAUGCUGUGGAAGCCCUCAGCUUACAGGAAACAGUGUGACACAUGCACACACUCAAACACACACAGGAAAUAAUGCAAAGCAGCAUUGAUAGUGUAGUCAUGUACGUGCAGAAACACAGGAAUUGGAUCCACAGAUCACACUUGAGAUACUUUUCUAUCUUAAUGUCCCACUCAUGGAUUCGUCUUGUUAUGGACUGGGAUAUACUUGUCACCUUCAACGAGCAUUUCUUAAAUGUGAUCUGCAGAGACCGUUUGUGACAGAGAUGGACGAAUACAGGAUUAAGACCAGUCAAUCUGACUGCUGGGACUGGCAAGAACAGAAAAGGAACGGAUUUUCUUCUCGGGGGAAAUCAGAGGAAGACAACACAUGAGCAAAAAAAACGACACGCACACACGCUGUGUGUGAAGAAACCACACGCCUUUGAACUGUUGAGCAUUUUUCAGAAUAAAAGCAGGGUACUUUGCUGGAUAAUAAAGGAACAUAGGGCCAUAUCUGUAUUUCCUCAUUGCAGCAGCAUCGCUCUCACCGGCUGCUGCAACAGCAAGCUUCAACACUUUUCUACGACCAGUGACGUUCUGGGAAUGUGAAUGUCUGUUUUAGUUCUUCUCCUUUUGUUGCAGUGUUGUAUACAUUACUUGUGACAUUUAGAACUGCUAGCCACGUUACCAUGGUGUCAACAUGAGUGGCCCUUGAUAACUGUCACUCCGCAGGCGCCUCAAACUGUGUUUUCUUAAUGUGUAGUGGGUGAAGAAUUGACUGUGGUUGAACUUGUCAGCAUCUCGCUUUGCUACUCAUAUAACCCGCCUUUGCUACGACUUGAGCACAGCAGCAGCAGAUCAGCAAACUCCAAUGUUUCCUCACACUGCAGAAUGGAGAUUCAGGAGCUCAUGGAAUGAAUGCAAACAGCACCUGCUGCACUGAAGCAUCCUGAAAGAUAAAUAAUAAUGUAAACAUUAUAUUCCCCUCAAGCUUUAUGAUUGAUGGCUGAACAUUGUCUCUUUUAGCUCAAACUCAGAAGCCAGAUGAUGUAUGAAAAGAGGAAGUGCAUUUGAUGCUAACUCUGCCACAUUUUGGAGCAAUGAAGGCACUUGUGCAUAGUUAAAGCAUCUUGAGGUCCAGCUAACGACUCCUUUGUCAGAUACUUGUCCAUAACUGGUUCUAGGCUUCAUCAUUUUUCCAAUUACCAUACAAAAUCGUACAGUACGGAUUGGUGUUUUAUUGUUACGGUCUCCGUUACGUUGAUUCAGUGUGUCUGUUUGGGUUUCCGAUGCCCCUUCCAUAAACAAGUUGUGAAUGCACAAAAAACGAAUUGAGGUCAGAUCAGUCAGACAUCAUUCAGAGGUGGUCUGUGAUUCACACGGCCACAUAAUCUCAGCAGGUUGAAUGUGAAUGUGUGUAGGGCAUAUUGAAGGAGCAUUUGAUUCUCUAAAGACGUGUGUGUAAGAGUCGGGGAUAAACAAUGAUGGAGGGAGCUGCUGUGACAGAUUCAGUGACCUGUAGACGGCAGACCAGGCCACACAGGAAACAAAAAGGAUGGGCUGCUGCAGUGUUCACUUUUGGCUGGUAUCAUGUUGCCUCUUUUGAGCUGUGUCUCAAUUCAGCUGCCACAUCCUGCGAAGGACCCGGUCUACACAGCCAGAACUAAACGAUACAGUCUGGUCUUCCUAGUGCAUUAACAGCUUAUCAAGCUGCUACGACCAUCGCCUAGCAACAAAGCUAUGGACGAAAAUGUUCUUUGGUUGAUAAACAUGUUUCUUUGGCUGUUCGGUCGAAUACUUACAUUUAAGAAUACAUUGUCCUGACCUUUUCGCAACGCUUUUUGCUGCCAUUUCCUCUUUGAAAAACAGUUGAACUGAAUGAUAAUGAAUCAGGGCCUCUGAUCCUCAUGGGCUGGAAGGACACAUUUGUCGGCUGCAUUUGGAGGAGACUUCUUAUUGGGAAAGUCUUGCGCUGCUGUGACACAAUCGAUCUACGAAUGCAGCCGACUAAGAACGCGGCUCCUAAAUUGAGACACAGCUUUGUGUCAUCUGCUUCUCCAUUCAGAUUUGAGGUACUGGAACAAUCAGUCAUUACAGCUGAAGCAGAUGCACUAGGUGGAACUGUCACAGUGGAAUUAGCAUUAGUCUGAGAUUGAUGUGUCACCUAAUACCCCUAUGCCAUGGUGAUGAUAUUUGAUGGUGAGUUUAUUUAAUGAUAAAGUGAUUGAAGACAAAGUCUACUACAAAAUGAUAAAUUGAUGAGAGAGCCACAGUAAGGUAGAUAAUUUAAUCAUCUAACAUAGAUAAUUAAAGAGAGGUCAGAUCACGCGAAAUGAUUGUCCGGUCCCAGGAUUAUACUGUCUACACGUCUCCAUCUUUUAAUUUAAAAGAGUAGGGGAGGAUAAAAAGACUGUAGAGUUAAUUAUACAAAAUAAGCAUUUUUUAUAUCAUAGGAAAGCAUGCAAACACCCACUCAAAAAAACACACACACACACACACACACUAACACACAAAUCCUUUUCCCACUCUUGCCCCACCUUUUGUGCUUUUUUUGGUCUGCAUCCUGGCACACCUUGUUAGCAGAGUCAGAUAAGAGCUCGGAUGAGAUGCCAGCUGACAGUUGGUUAUUUCUUGGGCUGCAUUGUGUGCACCUAAUUUAGUUUGUUUGGUGGAAGCCUCACAGCCUUCACAUACUGUAUGUACACACAAACACAGACACAUAUACACUUGCGCACCACAGUCUGUAUGCUUCAUCAAGCACUGACUUUCAACCCUAAACACUCCUUCUCACUCAGAUACUGCACGCUCGCCUGACACGGACACAUAAUGUAUUCUCCAGCCCAUAACUUUAUCGUCACUGCAAAAUAACUCUGAUCCAAUUCAAACCCUAUAAUCAAGCUGUAAGCCUCAAACAGGCCAAAAUAUCCUCAUUCUAUAAGGUCUGUGCUCGACAUGGUCCCGGCAAAGAUGUAAGAACACACACACAAUAACACACACACACACACACAAACACACACACACACACACACACACACACACACAGUUCUAUUGGCACCAACCUCAAAAGCUUGAAGAGAAUACACAGAUCACUUUGUUGCUAAGUAGAUCUGCUGGAAGGGGACUGUGACCAUCCUUACAACACUGAUUAACCGACUUGAUGCAGCUUCAAUUUGUGUGACUGCGAGUGUGUGUGUGUGUGUACCCUUGGAUGUUUGCUUUUGCCAUGGAUGAAUUUGGAGAAGGAAAUAAGUUUUGGCAACAAACUAUUUAUAUUGUCAUAUAACUUGCUGAAAUACACCAAAAAGAUUGAAAAAAUGUAAAUCCAAAAUGUAAUAAUUUGCCUUUUUAACACUUUUCUGUUUUGCUAUCCACCAUCAUCUCUUUAAGAAUCUAUUUGGCCCUUUAACUUCUAAAUUUCUUGCUAUGUCUCAUCAGAGCUUUUAUACUUUUCUCUUUUUAUCUCAGUUUUUGGUAUCCACCUGUUCACUUGUAAACUGCAACUGUAAACAGUGGACCCAACAACCAAAACAAUGAGCUACAUGAGGCUUAAAGGCUGCAGCUGGAGAUUUUGUUGUCUUUAACAACAUUCAUAUGACACAUAUAGUCCUUUAAUGAAAUGUCCAUUAAAAACAUUGCCAUAAGUGCAAUGUCACUACAUCCAUUGUGUCCCAGUUGUGUACUUCUGACUGUAUGUGGCUGUGUAUGAGUGCAAUACUCAUUCUCGUGGGAAGUCGUGAGUUUGUGUGUUUUUGCGAAUUUCUGAAACAGAGACACAUUCGCCGUUUGUUAGUGUGUUUACCCGAAUCAGCUGUUUCUGACACACUGCAGUCCCGAAGGAAUUCUGGGACUUUUCCAGUGCUCUCUGUUUUGUGACUCUGGUUUCUUUAGUUGUGUUGAAAAAAAUUAAACUUUCUCCGAGACUCCCUCGCUGACCGUUUCAGUGUCAGAUUGUUUUACAGUGAAGACGCAUCUGGAAUGUGUUUUCCUGGCUCCUCAAAGACGAACGUGUCGAGCUGUUUACUCACCGGAGGGAAAUCCUUCUGCUGCUGCUGACGGCAGGUGGAGAUACACAGAACAGAAGAGCAGGAUGCUUCAGUGCAGCUAGCAGCUAAUUUCAUGCUGUAAUUUGUUAUCAGGCCCUGAGCAGAUGAUGCACAUGCAUUUGUUAAAAUGUUCUUACAGGACGGGUUGAAAUCCUACUUGUAUGGUGCUCCUGCUUCCUAUGACGAGCAUUCAUUUUGUUUUAUGGGUUUCUGGGUGAGAUUUGAACGAUCUAAAUAAUCUGAGGCACAGGUCAAUGCAAUAAGAGCCCUACAAUUAUUCCAUAGGUUUUUAAUAAAGCAAUGUUGAAAAAUGGAAACAAAUGCACAAGCAUAACACCUUCAUUUCAGGCACGUUUCAUCCUCUGGAGCAAACAAACUUUCUUUCAUUGCCCCCAAAAAGUUGCCUUGUGUAUAGUUACCUCUCGAAACAUCUUUUGACCCAGUAUAUGCUCUACCCUCUUGUCUAAGAAACAUUCAGGGCCCUGUUUCAGUAUAGGCUGCCUGCUUGAUUCACAAAAACAAGGUCCACAGACUCAGGUUCUGACAAAACAACGGGGGUGCAUUCAGCACGGUGCAAAGCCGGCGGUGGCAGAAGCUGACUUUACACAGUUUUCACUUUCGUGCGUGCUUUGUAGAAUUGUGUCAUUUUUUUCUGACAAUGAAAAGGCUCUCUGGUUGUUGUUUUUUUCUUCUUUCUUUUUAUGAUUUUCGUGCAGGAAAAAAUCGACACAGUUUCCUGGGCAACGAGGAACAGUGUCAAAACCUGCUGGUAGCAUACAUGUGUUCCUCUUACACUCACAUACCCACAUGAUCUGGUUGUGUUUUGUUUCAUAUUUGGCCCUGAAAAGACAAAUCAAGAUGGAUAUAAUGGUGUUUUUUUGUUGUUAAUUGUUCAUUGUUGUUCUUAUUUUACCCCUCCGGAUGUUAGUGCUGUGGAUUGAGGUUGUGAGGUGACAGAUGUGUCGUGGUGUUGUGCUGAUCAGAUCAGGUACCUCAAAGUGGUUGUCACUAGUUGUGUGUUCUUGCAAAGCUUUGCUGAAAUAUUAUUUUUCGAUAGGAAUAUAUACAUAGAUCUGUUUAUUUUUACCUUGUUGGUCUUGUACAGUAGGUAAUCAUGCUAGCUGAUGUACGGUUCUUAAGGAGAAAUGUCUACAAAAAAAUGAAUGGAAGGUGAACAAAUAUAUAUUUGCCACCAUCAUAUUUUAUCAGCAUCUGUGUAUAUCAGUGGAUUUUUUAUUCUCUGGGUUUAAUAGAUUUAAUUCAAAAUACAUAUGAGGGAGCUUUGAACUGAAAUGCUUCAAACAGCUGCCAUCUCCAAAUCCCCGGCAGCUGGAGAACCACUGGUCUUCAAAGCUGUCCAUCAUUUUCAGAGCUGAGUAUUAAACUAGUUUGUACAGACAUGUCUCUGAUUCGGAUCUCUCUGGGUGAACUGUCUGACUGACUUGGUAAAACCUCCAUGGUCUCAUUGGAUCAGUAUUUCCGUGUGCUCUGUACUGUAUGUGCAAAAUGUAAUUUGGGAGGUUUACUGAACCGAAUCUAAUGUUCUGAAGGUGUUAAGCAGGAAACGUUAAACAAAGAGAGAGGAUUGACUGCUGUGUGUGGGGAGGUGCGGGUCAACGUGUGUGAAAUUCUAAAUAAGUUAAAUAUAUACUUAUUUAUGUUAUAAAACUUUUCACUUUGUGUUGUAUCCCUGUAAUGACUCUCUGCCACUUCAAACAGCACACUCAACAGUUAAUCAAGCCCAUGCAGCACUGACUUCAUGCCCCAUCAUACCACAAACAACGUAAAGAUAUAUAUCCAACUAUGAAAAAUCUUAAUUAAUAAAUCUAAUCUAAAUAUUAAUACUUUAUACCGUGAAGCUGUUUUCAGACAUGAGCAACGCAGCAGGAGAUUCUCCAGUCACAACAUUAGAGGAAUCUUUAUUCAGGUGAGGGGUCGCCGAGCCGACAGAGGCAGGACGUAGCGAAUCAAUGCCCUUGCGCAGAUCACAUGUUUGUUUGUUUACAGUACCUUCGCUGUUAUUACCAAAAGCUAUCUAUCUUGCCAUCUUUGUCUGUUUCUUCUAUAUGGGUGGCUCCUCUUUUUUAUGCUGAGAUAUUUGUAAUCAUGUUUUUUUCAGUUCUGCGUAAGGUCGCUUGUAAGAAACGUCAUCAUCGUGCCCUCUAGUUCAUAGAUCUCCUGUUUUCUCAAAUAGGUUCCCUCAGAUAUUAUCCAAAAAUCUGAAUAAUGUCUAGAGCCUCUCACUCUGACAUUUGCAUUCUCACCUACAAACCAUCCGGAGAAUGUUAGGAGAUUAUCUGGAAUUCAGUGCAUGUCUAGAGUAGUUCAUUAGCCUUUCUAUUACAAUAAGACCAUAUUAACUGAUGCAAACAAAAUUCAGUUUCACUUAAAUCCAGACAACAUUCGUUAUUGCUGCAAUGCAACAUUGUUAGAAAGCUAAUCCAGUGAAGAAAGUUGGCGGCGUCCUCUGUGGAUUAGUAUCGUGCCCCAUGACUGAAAGUGACGUCAUCAGGGUUGCUUUAGCUAAAAAAAUAAUAGUUUAUAUCAGAAGUCCUGUGUUUCGAACUGGGAGCGUGGACUACUAUCAAGCAAGGUGGACCUAAAGAAACACAACGCUGAGGGGUUUUAACUAAACCAGUUUUAGGGGAUUCAAAAUAAGGAGAGACGACUUUUCAAAUUUGUGUCAUGCGAGAGCCCCAAUGCUGUAGAAAAUAAUAACAAAUAAACAAUUCUUAAAUUUGUGUUUUUAAAUAUACAUUUGCAGUCACACUUUCUGUGUAACUUCAGUGUACAGUCAAUUCAACUUUAUAUAUAAUUACUUUUCCCUCACAGUUGGGACAGAGAAUUGAGAAACAGUGUGGACAGCAAGUGGGAAAAGAGGUUGAUACAAAGACUGAGGACACUCAUGUCUCUAUAUGGAGCUAGAACCUCACUCAGUAUGUGCUGUUACUAUUUUUUGACCUUUUGUCUGUUUAUCUACCCGAUACUUUGGCACUGUGUUUUAGCUGUUACCUGGCAACCCCAAUGUUACACAGGGCUCCAGGAAGACACUGCAGCUGCCUGAUGUUUGCUGAGAAAUAAUUAAUUCCCCCAUCAAAGCCACAAGUUAGCAGUUUCCCCCUGUCCAGCCAUGAGAGCGUGUCAAUCAAAGCACAUUUCCAAAAAGGUCAAAUUAUCCAAUUGAUCAACUCAGAUUUGGCCAGGGGUCAUAGUGGACUGAUCUAUAACAGAAAUUAUUAUACGCAGGCAAAAGUCAAACACAUUGUGCUGCUGAAGGAGCUGAUGUGAGGAUCCCACUCUGCGCCACAGAUGUACUAAGUUAUUAUAACCUAAUUUAUGCUUCUAGAUAAUCCCUCUAGAAACAAACAAGAUUAGACUGCUGAGGAGAGGGUUCCUUUUGAUACUCUCACAGACAGAGGGAAACGAGAGGGGAUAUGCUGCUCUGACUUUUAGGAUCUAUAUCAUAAUGAUAAUAGUUAUCAUGGUAAUACAAAUGGUUGGUGGUUAUUGUUGUCAAGGUAAUAGAUUCAUGACCCUGCAGUGAUUUGUAAACGUGUUGGAUGGAAGACGGAGACUAGUCAAAUGUAUGGAAGAAUCCAGGAGACUGGGUUAGAUUAGUAGGAUGUUGUAAUGUCCACAUGGAAAGGCUGACUCCCCUCACUGAAGCCUGCCAGUCCACUGGGAUCCCUUCACAAUCAUAACAAAGGUUAAUGUUGGUUUAAAAGUUUCCGGUCAGAGUCGGUUCCAUUAACAGGCAAAUCUCUUGGUUAAUAACGUCCUGACGAGAGAUGACAUAGAGCUUCUUUUUUAUUCUUUUUAAUAAAAAUAUCUAGAAGAGAUUAAAAAAAAGUGAGUCUUCAUAGAAGAUCCCCAUCAGCUCUCUUGAUUUAGCAGAUGUAGGUCGCAUUGAUGACAGUGUUGGGCCUGUAUUGUGGUUGGCAGGCUUUGGUUCUCGGACCGAGUGGUGGCUGUGACUCCAGUGCAGUAGUUCAGUGCCUAUACUAAAUGUGAGGUAGUGCCUCGACUAUGAAACCUGUUCAAUAAUAAACUAUUUUGACUUGCUGUCUGA